CAUUUGAGAAAAAAUAGUUAGUUUUGUUUUCUUCUUUAUAGAGAGUAUUUUGCAAGAGAGUUGUGUUGCCAAGUCUUUUUUGGUAAAUUACUUUUAAUUUUCUACUCACUUUUGUAUUCAUUAGUGUUUAGUAAUUUAAUUUGCUCACAUCUUAUGGUUGUGAUUGUAAGUUAAGUCAGCCGAACCACGUUAAACUUUUGAUACGAUCCUUUAUGCAUUACUAUCUUGAUCUUAACAAAGGUGCUAAUUUAUCAUUAGUUUCACAUAAACAUAAGAUUAACAAGAAACUACAAAAAUUUAGACAAGUUCAAGUGUAUAAAAUUAAUUAGAAGUGUUAAUUUAUGAUUAGUUUCACUCAAAUUCUAAACGAGAGAAGAAGAGAUGGAAAUCAAAGAAAUGGGCAGAGUAUGUGUAACAGGAGGAACAGGAUUUGUUGGAUCAUGGCUCAUCAUGAGGCUUCUUCAACGUGGCUACUCUGUCAACACCACCCUUCGAUCUCAUCCAGAUAGAAAGAGAGAUAUUAAGUACCUCACAGAACUAGAAGGUACAUCAGAGAGACUUCAAAUUUUCAAUGCUGAUAUGAACAAACCACAAAGUUUUACUGCAGCAAUUGAAGGAUGUGUGGGAGUUUUCCAUGUAUCUCAGCCCAUGGAUUUUGAAAAGGAAGAAGUCGAUGAAAUAAAGGUGAAAAGUGUCAUUACAGCAACAUUGGGGAUUUUACAAGCGUGUGUUGAUUCAAAGACAGUUAAGCGAGUCGUAUAUACUUCCAGUGUUGCUGCUGUUAUAUUUAAUGAUAAAGGCUUAGACAUAGUAGAUGAAAGCUCUUGGAGUGAUGUUGAUUUCAUCAAAUUUGCAAAGCCGUUUAUGUUAUGUUAUUCAACCUGUAAGACAUUGACAGAGAAAGCAGCAAUUGAAUUUGCAGCAAAAAAUCGACUCCACUUAGUUUCUGUAGCUGCAUCUUGGAUACAUGGACCCUUCAUAACUCCUCAUUGUCCAUUCACUGUUCAAAUUUUUCUCGACGUCAUAUUUCGAAAUGGCGAAGGUGUGCUAGAACAACAAAAAUACAUACCUUUUGUACAUGUAGAUGAUGUGGUGAAUGCACAUAUCUUUCUUUUUGAGCAUUCAAAUGCAAAUGGAAGAUAUAUUUGUUCUUCUGGAGAAACAACAAUAUUUGAACUCUCCAAAUUUCUUUCAGCCAGAUAUCCUCAAUAUGAAAUACCCAUUAUAGAAGGUUCAAUGGAGGGUCUAAAAUAUCCCAAACUUUCAGUAAAAAAGCUCUUGGACACUGGAUUUGAGUUUAAGUACUAUGGACAAUUAGAGGAAAUGUAUGAUGGAGCAAUUGAAUGUUGCAAAAUAAGAGGGCUGCUCUAGUCUUUUAAUUAUACCUCUUAUAAUUAAUAUGGAUGAAUUAUAGGUCUAUGUUUUCAUGUAUCCCUAAUAAUGUUUAAGAGAUUUGUAUUUUGUUUGUGUAUUUGAAUAAAAUCUUCAUAGAUGUUUUGAUUCAA